AAGAAGAGAGUUUACAAAGUUUAUUCAUUGAAAUAAUCCAUUUAAUAAUCCAUCCGUUUUCCCAUACCAUCUGCAUUUUUAUUUAUUUUUGGUUUUAGAUAAGCACAUAUUUUUACAAGUGGCGUUUAAGACUUACAAAUUCAGUUAACAAUGCAUGAUUAAAUAAUCACUCCAUUUAUUUGAUAAAAUUCAAUUCAUUCAUAAUCCAGACGGUCCCCUAUGGCUGUAGGAUCGAGAAAUUUUGAAAUACCCUUUUUCACUGCCGACAAAAUCAUGCUAAUGAUUCUAUGGGAAACAUGCCAACUUUUUUUCUCACAUUUUUAAACCAUUCCAAACUUAUGAUUUCUAAGAUCAACAUUUAUCUCUCCUUGAUUAUGAAGUUCUACUGGUGAUCACAUGAAUCUAAUUUUUGUCGAUACUCAUCAACACGAUAUCAUUUUCCGCUUAGCUUAUAUUUGAACAAUGAAAGGUGCCAGAUUCAAGAUGGCGACGGCAUCAACAACCCAGCAGCAAAACUGUAGCGCUGCUGAAGGAGGAUGGCCCAAGACGAACAUCGGUUAUCCAAACUGUGACACUGCCCGAGGAGCAGAUCAAACCCAACUAGCCCCCAAUCUGUAUCAGUACUGCUGCCCACCAGCGCCCUUGGAAAUGAAGGAAAUCUCAGGAAUCGUGGCCAGACCGACGUAUCGGGGUCACACGCCAAGACCACGUGGCGUCCACAGCUACUACAAUUUAAUGUGGGAUGGUCACGUGCGUCGGGGUGACCCUGCACAAAAACAGGCCAGAAAGGAGGAAGAAGAAUGCGACAAAAUCCGCCAGCGACUAAACCGUCCCCGCAAAACGAAAUCCAUGGCGCAACGUCUCGCCGAGAAAAAGGCGAAAGCCGCCCUCACCCCGGAAGACAUGAUAAACAAAGAAAUGGCUCGUUACACCAAACUAGCAAUUUCCAAUUUGGCUCCGAAAGACCCAGAAAAGUACUUGAUCGACCUCUCCGAUGAAAUUGACGUUCUAGACGCUUGUUACAAGGGAAAACGGCUUCAAACAUUGAGAUCAUUCCCCAUCGCGCCGUCCCGGGCGACCAAUCUCGAAGACGCUGGAACGCAAGUUUAUCCAAAUGAAUUUCACGAUUUUGACGGAGAAGUUGAACCCUUAAUGGCAAGACUGAUUGGAGCAGUGGUCGAUCAGGCUCAACUCGAGCUACUUGAAGAGGAAGAGUUACAAGCCCUCAUCAAACAGCAGGAGAGGCACGCCUACCUCCUCCAACAAGCCAGGGACACGAUUGACAAGUGGGAACUUCGAGAGGAGAGGCGACGCUUGGAAAGAGAACGACAGGAUGCGGAACGUCGCCAGAGAGAAAGUGGGCUUGACGACAAUGUUCUGUUUUACAAUAUCUGCGCCUUCAGCGGUGGUCUUACAAACGACGCGAUUUAUCAAUGUGUCGACUCCCUCAUGAAGGAAGGAUUCCUCGUUUCUGAAGAGAAAGCCAUGAUGGAGCAAGGAUUCAUUCCCUGGCUGAAUGACCAAGUUGAUCAAGAAGUCAGGCGACAAAAUAUGACGAGAGACCUGCUAAAUUCCUUGAUUGUGGACAUUGUCAAUACGCGAGAAGCUCAAUUUGCCGAAGGUAUUUGGCGAGAAGUUUAUGAGGUCGACCCAUUCAAAAAAUACGAUCGCGAGGGGACAGUCCCUCCGCCCACUCCGGGUACGUCGCUUAUGGGAGAAAGUGACGAGGAGGAAGUCGACCGCGUCAUCCAAAGUAGUGACUAUUUGAAUACAGAAGAAGACUAGAAAGUUAGAUAAAUAUUGUGUCCCGAAUUCAUAAAAGUAUACACAUUUACAAAUGAAAUGGUCAUAAUUUAUUUAAAAAAGACACAUCUUUA